GUAGUGAAGCAGCUGAACAUAAUGUUUUAUUAAUCAGACAAUUAAGUUCAUCAUAAAGCAUCUAAAUGCUGCUGCUCAUUGUGUCCCAAAGCCCUGCAAACCGGGUCCAGACAUGCCUGUCACAUGUGUCGAUGUUCACCGUUCAGAGGUCAUCCUGGUUAGAAAGAACUAGGAACUUGCCCAGUCCCCUCCCUGGGUAGUCUGCCCCCUUUUAUGAUGCCUCUGAAGACUGAGCCCAUAAAUUCUUCAGAAAGUGUUUAAUCAGGUGGCUUCAUAAGGGAGCAGAGUAUGAUUUUCCCUUAGACUUCUAUGCAACCAGAAGUCUUUUUGCAACCAUGGGAGUCGCCCCUGCCGCCUUUGCAGGUGCACAUUGGCUUCACUAUUUAGGCCUAGCUACAUUUUUGUCUUUGCUUCUUUAACCGAGCCCAUAAACUCAUCACCUGUUUUAGCUUCUUUGACUUUUAGCCCUGUGACUGCCUGGCGACCUGUCAGGGUGUACCCCGCCUCUCGCCCAGUGGUUAAAAUAAUAGCCGCUGCUCCUCUUUUCAUUGAUAUCGAUUUAUCUUUAGAGCAUCAUGGGUAACGCUGAGAGUGUGGUGGUGCAGAAGCGGCUGGCCCGUUUCCGUCCCGAGGAGCGACCCGUGGUUGAGGGGGUUUUUGACAAGCUCCAGGGUGGUGCUGGGGGUGCCGCGGGGAAGACCAUAACGCUGGAGAUGCUGCAGUCAUCAGUUGGCAGCGUGGCACCGGGCUCGAUGGUGAGGAGGGUCUACCGGUGCAUGUCCAGCAUCGACCCUGGACUGGCAGCUCCAGCAGCCUCUGGGAAGGCCGGAUACGCCGGCCCCUCUGGAGUCAGCCGAGAGCAGUUGAUCGUCUUCCUUGCAGACACUCUGCGGGGAACUGCAGAAGAACGUGCCCCCCUCGUCAUGGCCAUGUCCCAGCAUGCGGCAGGGGCGGCAGCGGUUGUCACAUGUGAGCAGGUGGUGGAGUUCCUCCAGGACCUGGUCUCUGCUGUGGUUCAGAUUUUGGUCCACAGAGGACGCCUGCAGGGCUGGAAGCCAGAGAGGAUGGGGGACAUCUCCCUGGGUGUAAAACUCCUGGCAGAGCAGAUGUGCUCUGAGCUCAAACCAUCAGAUGAGGGGCUGCCAGAUGGCUACAGCGCCCCCUGGAGGCUUGUGUUUUCCACUCAGCUGCACGGGGAGAGCUUUACCAGGAUGGUGGCCGGCCUGAUGAAGCAGGGGCCCACCCUGCUGCUUAUCAGAGACACCAAGGGGCAGGUCUUUGGGGGCUUCGCCUCCCACACCUGGGAGGUCAAACCUCAGUUUCAGGGUGACUCCAGAUGCUUCCUGUUCACUGUGAGCCCCAAACUGAGAGUUUAUACAGCAACAGGAUACAACCAACACUUCAUGUACCUCAAUCAGAACCAGCAGACCAUGCCCAACGGACUGGGGAUGGGCGGUCAGCACGGCUAUUUCGGCCUGUGGCUGGAUAGCGACUUUGGCCGCGGUCAUAGCCGGGCACGACCCAAGUGCACCACGUAUGGCAGCCCUCAGCUCUCUGGAGACGAAGACUUCACCCUGGACUCCGUGGAAGUGUGGGCUGUGGGAAAACCCGCAGAGCCCGAGGAGGGUGAGGAGGGCGGAGUUAAGAAGAGCAUCCUGGAUGUGGAUCCAGAGGCCCAGGCCCUGAUGGAGAUCACAGGGAAGACCAUGCACAGUCAGGGCCUCAGAGAACCAGAGGACGACCAGGAGUGACUGUAAAC